UCUCGUCACACCCCUAGUAUCUAUAUAUUGAGUGAAACUGCGCCUACAACAGACACAUUUUUGCAAGGUAAAAACGACAUUUUACCUACUGACGUCUCACCACUUUUAGCCAAAGUGCCAACACACCUUUGGGCGACACAUAAAUAUGACGUGGGGUUGAUUAAAAAUUGUCAACCUGUCGUCAUAAUACCACGUUCGGACUACAGACCACAGAAACAUCAAUAUCCGUUAAAACAGGAAGCUAUUGAUGGAAUCCGACCCGUUUUUAACUCCUUAUUGGAUACAGGAGUUAUAAUUCCGUGUCCAGAUUCUCCUGUUAGAACACCGAUUUUUCCGGUAAAGAAAAUACGGCCAAAAGGCAUUCCGACAGAAUGGCGUUUUGUUCAGGACUUGAAAGCUGUCAAUGCAGCUGUUCAUGCGCGCGCACCAAAUGUGCCAAAUCCAUACACAAUCCUACAGGGAAUUAAAAGUGAUGCUAAAUGGUUCUCUGUCGUUGAUUUGUCUAAUGCUUUUUUCAGUGUCCCGGUGGACAAAGACAGUCAGUUUUGGUUCGCUUUCCUGUUUGAUGGAAAACCAUACACUUUCACACGCCUUUGUCAGGGAUACACUGAAUCUCCGACGAUCUACAAUGACGCACUGCGCGACAGCCUAGAGAGCUUCACACCAAACCCAGGUUCAAGUCUGCUGCAGUACGUAGACGACAUUUUGAUUGGAAGCUCAACACAAGAGCUGUGUGAGCAAGACACGAUUGCGCUAUUGUGUCAUCUUGCAACUGAGGGACACAAAGCCAGUCUUAAGAAAUUGCAAUUUGUAAAACAAGAGGUCCACUUCCUGGGACAUGACAUUUCGGGGUCAGGGAAAACCUUGUCUCCUUCGCGAAUUGAGGCAAUUGUUUCCCUACCAAAACCGGUAACGAAAAAACAAAUGAUGUCAUUUUUAGGGAUGUGUUCCUACUGUCGUGUUUUCAUCCCAAAUUACGCGGAACUUGUUCAACCUUUAGGGGACGUGAUACACGGUAAGGGACUGACUGCACACAAUUUGGUAACCUGGACUGUUGAGGCUGAGCAGGCCUUUGUAGAUCUUAAAAAGGCCUUUCAAAGUCCCCCAACCUUAGGUUUGCCAAACCCAAAUCUUCAUUUCACUCAGACAGUGGAUGAACGCGUAGGAUGCAUGACAUCUGUUCUCCUGCAGCCGCAUGGAGACAGACUGAGGCCCGUGGCCUAUUUCUCUGCAAAACUCGAUCCAGUUGCAGCAGGCCUUCCGAUUUGUCUCAGAGCUGUAGCAGCUGCUGAAAGGGCCUUGGCAGCAUCACGUGACAUAGUAGGAUAUGCUCCACUCACACUGCUAGUCCCACAUGCUGUCUCUUUGAUCCUACUUGAACAAAAGGCUUCACAUUUGUCUGCAGCACGAUACCUACGUUAUCAUACAGUACUUCUUGACAUGCCUAACGUAACAGUUAAACGUUGUACUGUACUUAACCCUGCUUCUCUUAUGCCUACACCAGAGGACGGAGAACCACAUGACUGUCUGGCAGAGCUGGCGCAAACAUGCACACCUCGCCCAGAUCUUUCGGAUACUCCCUUAGAGAAUCCAGACCUCAUUUUGUAUGUAGAUGGGUCAGCCUCGCGCUGCCCACAAACAGGACAGGGACAGGUAGGAUUUGCUGUAGUUUCUGACACUGAAACUAUGAUUGCUAAAUCUCUCCCAAACCAUUUGUCUGCACAGGCUGCUGAGCUCAUUGCCCUCACGGAAGCAUGUAAGUUGGCUGAUGGCUCAUCUGUUACCAUCUUCACGGACUCAAGAAAACAGGUUUCAGCGGGUCUGCCUAAACCAGCUGAGGGACCACUGCAUAAGCUCCGGCCUGGGGACUUUGUGGUGAUCAAAAGCUUCAGGAGGAAGAACUGGCAGUCCAGACGGUGGAAAGGACCCUUCCAGAUCCUCCUGGUCACUCACACAGCAGUCAAGGUCGCGAACGAUCCCGCGGGGUGCACGCAACACACUGCAAACAGGUUCCGGACCCAGGAGAGGUGCCAGGUUCGCUAA